AGACGGCCAUGGCCGCCGCCGCGCAGUACCUCCCGCGCUCCGCCGCGCUGCUGCACCCCGACGGCGACCGCCUGCAUCAGGGCACCACGUACCGCGAGGUGCAGAAGAUGAUGCACCACGAGUACCUGCAGGGCCUGGCCCCCGCCGCCGCCGGGCACGCCGUCGGGCUGGCGCACCACCAGUGGCUGCCCAGCGCCGGCACGGACUGGGGCAGCGGCGGAGGAGGAGGAGGCGGCGCGCACCUCCCGCCGGCGGCCGAGCACGGCAAGGGCGGCCCGGGAGGGCCCCGCGAGGAGCUGCCCCCCGCCGCCGCUUUCCACCCGCGGCCGCACUUGGUGCCGCAGGCCGGCGGCUGGGCGCAGGGCGCGGGGCCGCCCCCUCACCUGCCCCCGAUGUCGCCGCCGUCGGGGCAGCCGCUGCUUUACGGGCAGCCCUACGGCGGCCUCAACGGGAUGCUGGGCCCCCCCGGCCCCGCGCUGCACCACGGGCACGGGCUGCGCGACCCGCUGGGCGCCGAGGAGGCGGCGGGCCACGAGCUGGCGGCCUCCCCGCCGCCGCCGCUGGGGCCGCCCGAGCCGUCGGACGAGGACGCGCCGAGCUCCGACGACCUGGAGCAGUUCGCCAAGCAGUUCAAGCAGCGGCGGAUCAAGCUGGGCUUCACGCAGGCCGACGUGGGGCUCGCGCUCGGUACCCUCUACGGGAACGUCUUCUCGCAGACCACCAUCUGCCGCUUCGAGGCGCUGCAGCUGAGCUUCAAGAACAUGUGCAAGCUGAAGCCGUUGCUCAACAAGUGGCUGGAGGAGACGGACUCCAGCACGGGCAGCCCCACCAACCUGGACAAGAUCGCGGCGCAGGGCAGGAAACGCAAGAAGCGCACCUCCAUCGAGGUGGGCGUCAAGGGCGCCCUGGAGAACCACUUCCUCAAGUGCCCCAAGCCCUCGGCGCACGAGAUCACCUCCCUGGCGGACUCCCUGCAGCUGGAGAAGGAGGUGGUGCGGGUCUGGUUCUGCAACCGGCGGCAGAAGGAGAAGCGCAUGACGCCGGCCGGGCUCCCUCACCCGCCCAUGGAGGACGUUUACGCACAGGCGGACACUUCGCCGCUGCACCACGCGCUGCCCGGCGCCGUGCCGUGACCGCCGGCCCCGCCGCUGGGCCCCGACGGCGGCGGCGGAGCGGGCGCGGGCGGCGGGACGCGCCCCGGUUCCUUCUUUCCUUCCUUCCUCGGACUGGCCCGGCCCGGCCGCCCUCCCCAGCCCUAUUUAUUCGGGCGCCGGAGCCGCUCGCGGCCGCAGCAGAAGUAGCCAAAGGUUUGCGAUCUCUAAUUUAUUCCCUCCCGCGGGGCCCCCGGCUCCGGCCCGGCCGUAGGACGCGGCGCUGCCCGCCCCGGCCCCUUUCUAUUUAUUUUCUAACCGUGCGCGGAGCUCUCUCCCUCCCGUUGGUAGGUUCGGUUCGGUUCACCCCCCCACCCUCCCUUUCCCCUUUGGUUUCGGUUUUUGUUUGUUUUGGUUUUUUUUUUUCGUUUGUAUCUUUAUUGCAAAACCAAUGUAGACUGCGAGGGUACGUUUCUAUUUAUGUUAUAGUAAAUAUUUUAUUACUUACAUAAACCAUUUACCCAGGAA